CUGGACAGUUCGUCGCGGAGUUUCGAGUGUGUCGGUUGUGCCAAGGCGGAAUAACGGUACAUCCUUCAAAGGAAGCCUGUGUGUGUGUAUAAAGCAGCUCCACACAAAAUAGAAUAAAACGAAACAAUAAAAGACACAUUAAAGUGGAGGGAGGAUGAUGAAGUGAAAAUAACAAAAACAGUUGAAAAUCAGACGUCUUUGACUUUGCAGACGGCAAGAAAAGUGCGAGUCAUGAUUUGAGUUUCAGGAAACGGAGUUGCAAAUGCGAAAACAACAAUGAGAUGCUGGCACAAUGCGGUGAGGCGCAGAAAGAAGAAGCCGGAGGCGGCGGCGCCAGCGGCGGCGGGAUCAAAGGGGGCGCACGGAGGCGUGGCAGGUCCGCGAGAUGCAGAUGCCAGCUGCCAGGGGCAGCAACAAGUGGCCCUCGACACUUGGCUAACAACGCAAGCUGUCCCUCUGCUGUGGCUGCACUUGUUGCUCCUGGUCGCAUUUGCCAAACAUGCGGCUGCAGCCACCACAAUUGCCACAAAUCCCGAGGCCAGCACAACAACAGUGGGCAACUACACGACGACGACCACAGCACUGUCCUCGUCCACGGCAGCCACUGCAACGGGUUCAGCUUCUGGUUCCGCACCAGCGGGCGAUAAGUUCUCCGGCAAUUGGGCCAACCUGGAGGAUUCAUUCAGGAAUGUCGUGCGCAUCGGCGAUGGCAACACGGUCACACGGACCGCCAUUGAACAAUCGCUGGUGACGAUACAUGACAUUGCCACCGAGAACUUGGGGACAUUGUGCAUCUCGACCCUAUAUCGCCCCCUACAAGUGCCCAUCAACUCGGAACGAUAUGAGAGCUCCAGGCAGAAAACCGAUUUGGCCGCCUCGAUACUCCAGGAAGUGGGCAUCAUUCGGCACGGCGGACUCUCGGAUGCUUUGGCCAAGGGCCUGCUCACCGAUGACUUUAUAACCGGAGCCCGCAUUUUGGCCCUGAAUCUGACGAACGGAGCGGUCCAGUCCUACGUCUGGUGGGUCAAGGGGGCAGCGGCGGAGACCCAGCGGUACGACGAGGACGGACUGCAGAUUGGCAAAAAGCCCGCAGGCAGUUAUCCCUGGUUCGACGACGAGACCUCCUCACCCACGCUGCGUUCGCCCAAAUUCGCGCCCAGUCCGCCCAACAACUACUACAAGGGCUGGUGGACCUUUCCCUACUUCUCGUGCUCCCAGAGCCGCUGGCUGGUUUCCUACAGCAUCGCAAUCCCGCCGAUUGGGCGCCACGGGCUAAGGGGCUUCAUCAGCAUCGACAUCGACGUGUCCACGCUGCGGGUCAACCAGUGCGAGGCGGAGCCCUAUCCAUUUGGGAGUCGCCGCCAGAAAGUGCAGCAGAUGCAGCCGCACAAUCGCCUCGGGGCGCGGAGAUCCCCCUUUUUGGGCGCCAGGAUGGCCCCCAUGGCCAUCGAUGAGGGCACCAUCAACGAUCUGCAGGCCUUCCACAGCUCCCACAAGUGUCAUCGCACCUCCAUGGUGUGUGACUACCGUCAGCCGAGUGCGGAGACACCGAGCGUAACUGGUGGAAAACUGCUGACCACGCUGACCGGAAGCAGCAGCUGGACCCGUGGAUCCUACCAGUGCCUGUGCCGCGGGGGUUUCUACUCGCUGCGGCAUCCGGACGGUUUCAACGGCACCAUCAUGGAGAUUGCCUGGCAGGAGCAGCAGGACAACAUAAGCAAUUACUAUUCCGAGGUCUUCAAGUGUUUGCCCUGCGCCCCCGGCUGCGACACGUGCACGGGUCCGGAGCCAUGUUUGGCCAACUACCACUGGCCAUUCAGAAUAUCCCUGCUGACCAUAUCCAUUGGCUGUGCCUGCGGCACCUUCGUCCUCGCCGGCUACCUCUUCCGGCAUCGUCGCGUGAAGGUCUUCAAGGUGGCCAGCCCCAUCUUCCUGAUGAUCACGCUCAUCGGCUGCGCCAUCAUGUAUCUGGAGAUGGUAGCUAUCUUUCCCUAUCUGGACACCACUUGGUGUAUUGCUACUAAAUGGACGCGGCACAUGGGCUUUUGCAUCACCUACACUUCGCUGCUGAUGAAAACCUGGCGGGUGUCCUUAACUUAUCGUGUCAAGUCGGCCCACAAAAUAAAACUGAACGAUCAGCAACUCUUGCAGUGGAUGGUGCCCAUUCUGUUGGUCAUGCUCAUCUACUUGGGCACAUGGACGAUUUCGGCAACGCCCACAGCAGAAGUGAUCCUAGACCAGAGCCACUUGAAGUUCAAGCAGUGCUCGUACAACUGGUGGGAUCACAGCCUGGCCAUCGGAGAAGUAUUCUUCCUGGCCUGGGGCAUCCGGGUGUGCUACAAUGUGCGGAAUGCGGAGAGUCUGUACAACGAGGCUCGGCUCAUCUCCUACGCCAUCUACAACAUAGCCCUCGUCAAUAUCGCCAUGGUGGUGUUCCACGUAAUGCUCUUCCCGAAUGCCGGACCCGAUUACAAAUACAUGCUGGGAUUUGUGCGCACCCAGCUUUCGACGACCACCACCAUUGCUUUGGUGUUUGGGCCCAAGAUUCUGCGUGUUUUCAAGGGACAGGGCGACAAGUGGGAUCAGAAGGCCAAGGUGAGGAGCAUAACAGCUUCAUUCUCGCUAAAUGGAGUGGGUCUGGUGCCGGAGGAGUCGCCGGAUCUCUACCAGGAGAAUGAAGAGCUCAAGGAACAAGUCCAGAAGUUGGCCCACCAAAUCGAGUUCAUGAAGACUGUGCACAUGCAGAUGAACAACAGGCAUCUGAAGCCAAAGCCGGGCGGAUAUUUCACCAUAACUUCAACCUCGUUUCAAGCGCCAUAUAGCAAAAACACGGUUUCCACUGCGCAGACGCAAACUGGCAAAGAUGAGAACAGCACGCCAACGAAACUAAAAUCGCCCAAAGGCAAAGUCUGACGAGGUCAACGAAGUGUUAAAGAUUGCUCAAUAGAAGUCGAUGGGGGGCAGGGCACCACCACGCCGGUGGAGGAUGCCAUUGAGUUUAAUUUCCACCUAGCGGAUUCGGAGGAGGGUAUGAUUAUCCAGGAAGGUGAGCGGCCAGGAGCGGAGGAGGAGGCGGCCUUGAUCGCACAGUUUCGCCGCCUCUUUGCGCCCAUUUUGGAUGACAGUUUGAAUCUGUACUACCAACUCAACGAUUUGGACGACACGGAGCACGUGAGGAUCCAUCAAACGGUGGCCCAGAUGAACGACCUGACCAGCAGCGAGGAGGAGACGAUGGUUACCCAGGUGAACAGUCCAUCGCCACCUCCGGUGGAGGUGGAGCUGCUGCUCCCACUAUCCAGCGACAGUUCCACGGCCAGUAGUUCUCUGUACGCCAUUCACACGCCGUCUCCGGCUCAUCCCAAUGGUGUGCUCCUGGUGCCCCAGCAUUUGGAGUCACCGAUGCUGUCCGGCAGUGAUAGCAUUACAAUCACCGAGCAGGUGCAGCUGCAUAAUCCACCACACCAUCUGCAGCUCCUCGAGGACGGGAACAACACGUCCUGUUCGCUGUCAUCGAAUCUGACGGAUAGCAAAACCCUGGAUGGUCGCACCCCUAUCGUGGUCUGAUGGAUACUCCAAUCCCGAUCUGCUUAACUUGUGAUUAUGUUUACACAGUCUUAGAGCUACAACAAACAGUUAGCGAGAAAUAAGCCGCUUAAUGUUUAAUAUAGUCUUAAAUAAUGUUUGUGUGUAUGUGUCUGU